AUGGGAAAGAAACGCGUUCUCUGUACCUAUGGUGUCGAUAUCGAUGCUGUGGCCGGCUGGCUGGGAUCUUACGGCGGCGAGGACUCGACCAGUGACAUAUCACGAGGUCUUUGGGCUGGAACCAUUGGGACACGGCGUCUAUUGAAGCUUUUCGAGAAGUACAACAUCAAAGCCAGCUGGUUCAUCCCAGGGCAUUCUCUGGAGACCUUCCCAGAAGAAUGUGCUAUGGUGCGCGACGCUGGUCAUGAGAUUGGACUUCAUGGCUAUUCGCACGAGAAUCCGUCCGAUAUGACCUUUGAGCAACAAAAAGACGUGCUCGCCAAAACCUUCAAGAUGCUCACAGACUUUUGCGGCAAGCCUCCUCGAGGAAGCGUGGCCCCUUGGUGGGAGACUAGCGAAGCUGGAACCGAACUUUUGCUCAGCUAUGGCAUUGAGUAUGAUCACUCGAUGAGCCACGAGGAUUGCCAGGCGUACUUUUUGAGGACGGGUGAUUCGUGGACCAAGAUCGACUAUACGAAAAAGGCCGAGGAAUGGAUGAAGCCGCUGAUAAAGGGCAAGACUACGGGGUUAGUUGAGAUUCCUGGAAGCUGGUACAUAGACGAUUUACCUCCAAUGAUGUUCAUCAAGAACUCAGCGAAUUCCCAUGGUUGGGUGAAUCCUAGGGAUGUGGAGGAUAUCUGGAAGGACCAUUUCGAUUACUUCUAUAGGGAGUACGACGAAUUUAUAUUCCCAAUGACUAUUCAUCCCGACGUAUCUGGACGCCCGCAUGUUUUGUUGAUGCACGAGCGAAUCAUUGAGCAUAUUAACAAGCAUGAAGGGGUGGAAUGGGUGACCAUGGAGCAGAUGUGUGAUGAUUUCAAAAGCAAGAAUACCGCACCAGAGGGCGCUUUGAUGCCGGCAUCUGCAGAAGAGGUUUUGAAAAAGCAUAUAUCAUAG